CAAACCCUAGCCGUGCGGCUCGUCUUCGCCGGCGUGGCCGCGUCCUCGCGCCUCCGGCUGCUUCCCUCCAACAACUACGGCUCCUCACGUUGUCUACGACCCCGCUCCAACCUCCAGUACCAUGGCUGCUCCACCCCGACGCCUACGACCACCUCCAGGUUCCCCUCAUCGACCACGUCUUCAAUCCCUGUCCUCAAGGUCCUCACAGGACUUUGCCGCUGCUAGGCCGGAUUGCUGCUGCUGUAGAUCAUGGUGUUUCCGAUUAGUUUGGAACUAAAAAGAACACAUGAAGUUGCAGGCUUGCAGCAUGACGAACUUGUAAAGUACUUUGUGGUGUCAUGCACAUUAUGGUCUAAAGAAGGUCUGGAACUUCGGAUGCAAGCUCUACUGCUGGUUCAGGUUACUGGAUGCAGCGUUCUAAUAUCUUGCGGUUUCUGUUCAAAAUAUCUCGAGCACAUAAGAUAUUUAGGUCAAUAUUCAAUACUCUCCUGGACUACCAAGUUGUCUGCCCUCCGACGCCGCCCACGAGGGACAUAGGAGAGCAGUGACAGAGAUUUGUGGAGUCCAGUCCACUAAAUUCUUACGCUUCGAAGGAGGUAUAUGGAUUUAAAAACACCCUGCUUUUAAAAUAUGGUUAGUGUUCACGUCUUUUUUUGUCACAACUUGCAAACUCUGUAAUGUUUUUCCCUAAGCUGUGGCCCAUAAACAAAUGAAGCAAAUUUUAUGUUUCAAAUAUUAGGUUUCAGUCUAUGGUUUUAAGUUGAGAUUGUUUGUGAUACGAAACUGAAACAAUUAUUUCUUAUUCCAAAGAUGUUAGUAGUAUUAUAACACCUAUCCAUGAAGGAUAUGUUAGGCUUUAUUUACAGUUGAGGUGAAUGGAUGUUAAGCCUGCUUAAUCUUAAAUAUAUAUUAUCUUCUAACCAAAAUUAAAUAACAACAUAUCUGUUUAAUCUUUUCUGGUGGCAUUUAUUGGUUCUGCUUUGUUCAUGUAGAGCAACAAAUCUCUGAAUAUUGUUUGCCUAUGUGUUCAUAUUUGGUGUAUGCAUACUUGCAUUAUUGGAAGCUUUACUCUGUUUUUUGUCAGGAUAAAUUACUGGAAGUGCUGUGACUGGAAGUAUACCUGCAUCUUCUUUGUGUGGAGCAUUAUCUUUUUGGUGAGGAUCAUUGUCUUUUUCCGAAGCAGUACAGUUCAGGUCCUGUAAGUUAGAUGCUUGAACUCCAUGCACGGGGUUAAAGAUCCUGUAAUUAGAUUCUGUAAUUUUGAUGCUGCAUGGAAAUAUUCGUUCUAGACCAUGUUGACACCAUGUUGCUUGCAAAUGUUGGUUUCAGACCAUGUUGACACAAUGUUGCUUGCAAAUAUUGGUC